AUGGGCAACGGCGGGUCGAGACAACGGAAUCGCAAUCGCGAGCAUAAGAGUUCCAAUGCCGUCCAUUAUCAGCGAACCGAAUACCAACCUUUUCUCAUCUCGACCCUCUAUUCAGAAGCUGCUCCCAUGAUCUGGCUAGCCCCUCUCCUCAUCGGCCUCUGCGGCUCGCCGGCCGCGGCGGCGCAGGCGACACACUCAACAGCUCUAUACAACCAAUUCUUCCCAGCCUGGGACAACAUGCUCAAGGACUACUUGGAGCACAAUUGCCACGAGGUCGUUACCAACUAUCGAAACGCCACCUUCAACGACACUCACAUCAGCUAUGAGGCCGAAUUGAGUGCUGCGGCCGUCGUUCUCGGCCUCGCGCCGUCCAUCCUGCAAAUGGUCAGUCCUACGCCUGCGGAUACCGCCCUGAUUAGCCUCCGCCGGCCUGUUCUCGCGCUGCUGCUGAGCCUGGCGUCCCCAGCCACCGUCUUCUCCGAGGCAGCCACGUAUGCGAGCAACAUUGCCGUCUUGUCGAAGCCCCUCUCCCAGCAAAUCCGUGGCACCUUUCCCUACACGGCGGGUCGAUUGCUCAGCGCCGGUGCCAGCGUCGACGUCAGCAACUACGUGGCGGCACUCCUGUCGGCGAUCCAGUACAUCCUGGCGCUGGCCGCCGUGGCCAACAGUGCGUAUCGCACGUAUCAGUUGUGUGUGUGGACCGUGUGCUCAUUCUCGCCGAUUGUGGUCUUUCUUCCCGCUCUGUGGCACGGAACGGUUGUGCUUCUGCAUCUGGGCGGUUGGAUCGCGCAGCGCUUGAACUUGCAGAGAGCAGAGGCGGCCCGAGGUGCAAAGAAGUCAACGGAUGCGCAGGACCGGCAACGCGCAAAGUUCGGCUGGGGGAGCAGAGCGAAAUCGUGGGUCAGGAACGAGGCUACACCCUCGGUCUUUGCGGAGAAGUUGCUCGUGGAGAAUCGAGCGGCUGGGCCAGCGCCGUUUUUUUCUGUUGUGACAGCAGCUUUGUACGCUGGCGUGCCUGUUCACCUCCUGUACGGCACCCUGGUGCUCUCCAGUCUCACUUUUAUCAGCGCUUUCGAUUCCAUCACUGCAGUGGCCUUCUACGCGAUCAGCACAGUAGUCAGCAAAGCCAUUGUGUAUUUCGAAUGCGCCAGUAUCCAUGCUGUCGCAAGCGAGAAUUUGGACGCGACAGCUGAGGAAGAGUAA